CCUGUGAGGAGAGAGCGCAGAAAGAAGUUGGCGAUCCGAGAUCUCAAUGCUGCGUGUUGCCGGUGAAUUCGAACGUGUCUGUUGAGCGUGAUCGUUGGAAAGGAAAAUGGAUACUUUACUACUGCUCACGUUUUUCUCUCUAAGCGGUUUGGUAUCUCAUGUGUUUUCCCAGUCUUGCGAGCAGUCACACUACGAAAGGUGCCUCAAGCAGUUGGUCGAAUUCACUGACAGAGGGGACCUCCUAUUCGCCCACUCCGAGGAUCAGUUGAGAGAGGAAUGUGUGCAAGCUCAGUCUUCGUUAGGUUGUUUGACGAGAUACGCCAAAAAGUGCCUGUCUUUUGAAGAACGUUCCAAAUUUAAUGAUGGCAUCGCUGGGCCCCAAAAGGUGACUCUAGGACUCUGCACUGACGACACCGACCUCAAAUCAAGAUACAUAAAAAGUCUCCCUUGCUUAAAAAAUAUGUCGGAAGGUUUGCGGUAUUGUAAAGAGAAAUACGAUCGCAAUCAAAAAGAUAUCAUUCUAGUCGAAUACGAAGACAAAACUCAUUUACAGUGCUGUUCGUUCGAUGGUUACCGACGCUGCUUACGAAUGCUGAUGGAAACCCAGGAAUCCUGUCGAGAAGAAUCCGCAGCCGUCGUAGACGAAAUAGCUAGUCGCAUGGGCGGUGUCUUCUCUGAAGAAAUGUGUGCUGAACAUUUCGAAAGAUGUACCGGAGCACCCUCUUCUGCUGUUCUGUGGGUGAUGUCCGCUUCUCUCACCAUUCUGACGUCGUCAGCGAGCUUGCUGCUUCUAAAAUUCUUGUGACAAUUUUAGAUCCAUUCUGUAUUUCGGUCAAGAAGUGAUAAUCUUUUUGUCACUUUAUUGUGGUUCGCUGAUGGCGUAAUAAAGAAUCUCAUGAGUACAUUCAUUAUCCAAUGAGAGAAACCUGCUAGAAGAAACUGCCGUUUUUGUAAGUAUUGUAAAUUGCAUUGUGAAACUUCAGGAGAUACUCUUUAUUUUGGAACUUGUUUUCUGAGUGUAUACGAUGUUCUUUGUAUAGUAUGUUUUAAAUAUAUAAAUAGAAAGAGGCUUCUAUCCAUAUAUAAUAACAAUGAUCGAAUUACAUGAACGAAUUACAAAUGCUUCUUAUAACAACUGGACUUACGAAAAUGCUGUUUAUCCUUUUCAAUUUUAAAAAUCUUGACUGCGUAAAUAUUCACUGAUUUUUUUAAAAUUCGAAACCUGACUUUCUAUGUUAUUUAGAUAUAUUAUUUUUUAAAUCAUUUAUUUAAUUUCAUUUGCAUAUAACUUGAUGUAAUUGUUAUUAUCAGAUAAUGUAACGGUUUUAAUUCAUAAUAAAUAAAUACCAUUUUCUUUUGAUUUUUUUAAUGCAAAAAUUAAAAUAAUUUUCUGAAAAUACGAUUUUAUGAUCAUUUUCUUGUAGUAUUUAUUUUUUAAAAAUUUUUUGACACCUUUCAGUUAAUAAUUUUUGUUUUUCACUUAUCUUUCUUCAGAAUUAUGCAUUUAUCUAUUACACUCCAUAUUAUCAAUUGUCCUUUCCUUUUGAAUUUUAAAUAUGGCUUUUAUAACAAAAUCUGAGUUCUUAAAUUUUUUUUAUUAUCGUUUUUAAUGUUCUGGAUUUUUUAGUGACUGAAAGUAACUUCUCAAGAUAAUUUUGUUUGUUUCCGAUAUUAAUCAAAAUCUAAUAUUUAGCUUGUAAUAAUAAAGCUAUUUACUUGAAUGAAUUUCAUAAGAACUGUAUUAAAAAUUUAUAAAUCAAUGAAUUUAUGUUUUUAUGACUCUUUAGACUUUAUUUCUCUUUUGAAUUUUCUUUUGUUAAGACUUUAGAUUAGUGUCGGUUUUUUUCCAAGCACAUCCAAAAAUUUGCCAAAAGUCCACCAUCUGGGAUGGCUACAAAAAUUGGUUUCAAAAUUCUUUUAGAGUUGCAAUAAAGAGCUGAAAAGAUAAAUUUGAAAAGAGAUCGCCCCAAAAUAAUUACAAUUCAACUUGGCCACCGAACAUGAAUCUCAAGUCUAACCUUUCUUGUAUUCUUCUUAUAAAAUUAUGUUCUUUUUGUGUAUUUGAUAAAUUUAAAGAAGUAUUUGUUUACCACUUUUUUUAAAUUGUAAUGUUGCCGAACUUUUUUUAUAAGAAAAGCUUUAAUUUUUUCUAGAAUUUCAUUACAUGAAUUUUAUUUUUCAAUAUGAAAUCAUCUUAAAGAAAUGUAUGAAAAAAUAUGUUUGACAGCAUAGGUAUUCGAAAACUGUUUUCCAAAGUGUAUAAAUUUUUUCGAGAUAUAUAGUUUGUAAAGUCAAUAUAUGCAUGGUAAUAUUUUUGUCAAUUCUUCGUAUUUAGCAUCAGCAAAAAGAUAUCUUCACAAUUCUUUAAUUUACAAUUCUUUUUACUUUAAAUUAUAACUUAAUUAGCUCCUAAAAUAUCCAAACUUCGUGUAAAUUCUGUGCUUUACUUUUUCGUUAUUUUAUAUGCACUCUGUGGAAUGUGAGAUCUCUUUCUUUUUAACAUUUAAACACUUUAUAUAAAUUUAUACUUUAUAUAUCAUUUAAAAUACUGUUCUGCUUUGUGAAAUGAAAUGAUACUGUUUUCAUUAAUUUUUUUAGAGCUCAGUUUUUAACUUGUAAUUUGCAUCUCAAAUAUUUGCUUAGUUGUAAAAGUGCUUUUUAUUCUCUAGAGUAAAGCACAAAAAGUUAGAUUUUGUGAAGAAAAAGCAGUUUGUACUAAAGUUAAUGUGUUAAUAAUUACUUGAAUGGUGCUGCAUCCAUGCGUUUACUCAUCGUCAUUUCAAAAAUGCGAUUCUCAGUGAUUACAAAUGUACAGUCAUGACUUGAAUCAUUUUAUUUAUACUCUCCUCUUGAAAUUAAUCAUUCGAAUGAAAAGGAUGUUUGUAAUCUAGAAUUAAUCUACAAAUAAUAAAAUAUAUAUUUAUCUGUUA